UGGCUCCACGUUGAGGCUCACAGCUCGGUCAGCAUCCUGCCCCGCUGGUUUCACUCUCCGGAGGACAACCAGACAGUUUGUUAUUGUUUUUUUUUCUUUUAAUUUUAUUUUCAACAACUCUUAAGUCGCGCAUGUGAAGUCAACAUGACUUUCAGGAGGCUUAAGAAAGUGAACUCCAGCGGGCCAGAGACUGGACCCGCAUCUCAAGACAACGACAUUUAUUUCCCUUCGUCAAAGUCAGACAGCUGCAGGACCAUGGACUUACCGACCAACUCCUCGGAGGUUUACAACUACAAGACUCUGGCUUACUCUGGUGGGACGCUGCCCCGGAACUUCAAAAAGGGUGGUGGGCUGCAGAAGUGGAAACCCCUAACACAGUCACCAGAACCACAAAGGAAAGUGGUGGUUCUGGAGAAAAAAGAAGAAGAGGCGUUCGGCUUCGAGAUCCAGACUUACGGCCUCCACCAUCAGGACCAAAACUCGGUGGAGAUGUGUACAUUUGUUUGCAAGGUGCACGGUGACAGCCCGGCUCAGCAGGCAGGACUUAAAGUUGGGGACACCAUCGCAAGUGUGAACGAGGCCUCCGUGGAGGGAUUUCGUCAUAAAGAGAUCGUUCAGCUCAUCAGGGCCUGCGGUAACACAAUCAGGCUGGAGACGGUUUACAGUGACUCGAUCCGGAAAGCGGAGCUGGAGGCCCGGCUGCAGUAUCUGAAGCAAACUCUUCAUGAGAAGUGGGAUGAAUAUCGGUCGUUGAUGGUGCAAGAACAGAGGCUUGUUCAUGGUAUAGUAAUGAGUGAUGCUGCAGUGUACGAGUCCCUGGAGUCGGCAGGUGUGUACGGCAGCCUUGGCGCCCCCAGCCCCGCCGCUCAGAGAGCCUUGCGUGGCACCGGUAGCACCAGCAGCAGCGCCAGCUUUCUCAGCACAGCCACCGAGGACGACCCUCUCUACCAGACCUGCCUGUACCAAGCAGACGGCAGCGUGGACUCAGACUGCGGCAGUGCAGACAAAAAGAAAGACCAGCAGCAGCAGCAGCAGCCGCCGCACAGGCAACAACGUCUCCGACCGGCCAGCGAGCUCUUCACAACGGCCAAGACGCAUCUGACCCGCAGCGCCAGCACGCGUAGCUACAUGAGGGGGUCGUCGUCGUCGUCUUCUGCCUCUGGCGAGAAGCAGGGAGGAUUCAACUCGCUGCAGAGGAAGCCCAAACCGAAGAGCUUCCGCAGGCGCCUCCUCAAAUUCAUCCCGGGUCUGAAUCGUCCGUUGGAGGAGGAGGAGAGCAAACUGUGAGCUGUUCACCUAAACAGAUCCAAAGACUUAAAACAUCAGUGACUGUCAAACUAAACUGCCAAAGAAAACAGAGCAAGCAGUCCGGAAGAGUGAAGAAAUCGAGACCAAAGUGUAAAAGCUCUACAGUUGCACCUCUCCUUCUUUGAAUAGGUAGACCAAUGAACAUUUGGCUACAUUCAGUAGCCUUCAGUGUUUCACAGCUGUACAUAACUUUGUUUUCAUUUGUUUUCCUCUUUAAGUUAUUUAUUUAUUUUAACAUGUUUGGUAUAUGUACAGAAUGAAGCAUUUUUCAGUUUUUACUGCAUGCAAGACAUUUAUUUUGACAGCUGAAUAAAUGACCAUGAUCAUGAA